UGAAUUUAAUAAUGUAUUUAGAUUAAACAACAAAAAGGAAGGCCACUUUUUGUUUAUCUAUAGUACCCACUAUAAUCCACAGAUUAUAAUUAAUGCAUAAUGGAGAAAUAGGGUGGAAAACAAAACGCAUUCCAGCGGAUUAUUUUGAAUAAUUUUCUUUUUUCUUUUUGUUAGUCAUUUUUCUUUGGAAGUGCAUUUAACACAUCAGUUUCGCUACAUUGCAUCGCACCAGUAGUGUCAGUCCACUUAAAAAAAAUGUAAACACUGGCACUGGCAAAAUUUAUAAACACGAAAAACUGUCAUCCAAAUCAAAUGGGAGUAUUUUUAGUUUUUUAUCUGUUCGUCAACUUGGCGAUUGUUACCAUAGAUUUCGCUCUCCAUCUCUUUGUGAUAACUCAAGCUUUUCAAAUAAGUCUUCGAUAAUAUUAAUCAUUGAAAUAUAGCUCUUUUUUUUUUUAAAGCAAAUUCAAUAAAAUUUGCCAAUUAAUUAUAAAGUGAAGAAUUAUUACAUGCAAUUCCUUGCAAAAGUGAGUAAUACUACUUUUAAAACGAUUCGAUUAUUGCAUAAAAUGAGUGCUGCCGCCGCUGCUGUUGUGCCAAAAGUAAAAUUAAAUAAUGGAUAUGAAAUGCCGGUUAUUGGACUAGGAACCUAUGAGUCCAAAUCCAACGAAGGUGAACUAGCUGUUAAACAUGCCAUAGACGUUGGCUAUCGUCAUUUUGACACUGCAUAUUUUUAUCAGAACGAAGCUGAAGUCGGCAAGGCCAUUCAAGAUAAAAUUGCAGAGGGUGUUGUUAAAAGGGAAGACAUUUUCAUAGUAACAAAGCUUUGGAAUAUUCAUCAUUCCCCUGAAAAGGUUGAACCCGCAUGUCAAAAGUCUGUCGAUAGACUCGGCCUUGGCUACAUUGAUUUGUAUUUAAUGCACGUUCCAGUUGGCUAUGUUUAUGUUGAUGAAGAAACUCUUUUACCAAAAGAUGCAGAAGGGAAAUUACGUUUAACUGAUGUCGAUUAUUUGGAUACAUACAAAGAAAUGGAAAAACUUGUUAAGAAGGGCUUAGUCCGCAGUAUUGGUGUUUCCAAUUUUAAUAGCGAGCAAAUUCAACGUGUUUUGGAUAAUUGUGAAAUUAAACCAGUAACUAACCAGGUCGAAUGCCAUCCUGGAUUGAAUCAAAAGAAAUUGAAAGAGUUCUGCAAAGAGCGUGGUAUUACCUUAACCGGUUACUGUCCUCUUGGUCGCCCUAAGCCCGAAGAAAAGACACCAGACUUUUAUUAUUCCGAAAAAACCAAGGCCAUCGCCGAUAAGUACAAAAAGACACCGGCACAAAUUAUUCUUCGAUACAUGAUUGAUAUUGGUACCAUUCCAAUUCCAAAAUCCUCCAAUACAAAUAGGAUUAGUGAAAACUUUAAUGUCUUCGAUUUCAAAUUGUCUCCUGAAGAUAUUGCCGUAAUGGAAACAUUCAACACUGGCAAUCGUUUAGUGCCAUUUGCGUUAAUUAAAGGGCUGAAUCAUAAAUACUAUCCAUUUAAUAUUGAAUUUUAAACGAAAACAUACAGGGUGCUUAUUAGUAGGUAUUUUGUUAAAAUUAAAAAAACAAAUCAAGUUUUCUAAUAUGCUUGUUAUAGCGAAUUAAUAAAAAAACGACCAAUUUGAAUAUUA